AUGUCUCGCCGCGAAUCUGUUGGACGCCUGAGAGCCGGAUCCCAGUCCGACUCGGCGCCACCAAGUGUCAAGAUGGUGUCAUGUGCCGUGCUGCCACCACAUCUCCCAGCAGGAAUGGCUCCACCCACCGGCAUUGGUGCAUCAGAAGCAAUCAGCUACGAUGAAGCCCUCAACUGGGAGCACAAUAACUCGGUGCAUGACGAGGAGCCCAGCAGGCGAAAAAGCUUGUUUCGCAAAGUUGGUCUCACCACGCAACGGAAAAGACGUGACUCACAAGAUGACCUGCCGCCUUUUGUGAUGCGUCAAAUCCCUUACGACACCUGGCGGAAGCAUUAUGCAAAGGACAAGGAUGGCAACUAUAGAGGGACGCAUGCCCCAGCCGAAGACUGUCUUCUCAAACCAGAAGAUGUACAAAAAUGGCGACUUGGCGAUCCAGUUACGAAGGCGGACAAAUGGACUCGAGGCAGAGAGGCGCUGCCUGUCUACUCGGAGGUACGUGCUGAAGGAGCUGUGCCAGACUAUCAAGCCGACUACGACCAUCCCGACCAGACUCUAGCCAAUAAGGGGACGAUGACCCGGGAGGGGGACAGUCUAGCAGAAUAUUUCGAUGCAAGCGACCUGCAUGAAAGCGGACAGCAGCAAACAACAAGCACCUCUCCCCAAUCCUUCGAACAUCCCAUCGCAACAGCGUCAUCACAACCAAUUUCACCAUAUCAAGGCCAAACGAUCGCCGAUGGGAGGACGGCUGCUGAGAUUAUCGAAGAAGCUCGAACCAAGGGCAAACUAAAGUCAACAUGGAGGCAGAAACUGUCCAAAGGUAUCUCGAUGACCAUGGCCGCGCCAUAG